UUUCACGUCGCGUUUACACGAAAAUAUUUGCGCGCGUCGUGGUCGAUUAUUGCUCCUUGUGUGCGUAUUGUAGAGAGGUACGGUACUCAACAACGCGCAACAAUGAUACUUCCACUCCAGGGCUGCGAACGAGUCCGUGGUGAAGCGGCGGGCCGCCAAAACACCUCACCAUCACACGACGCCAGCAUUCCACACUCCUCUCGCGAACCACCCUGUGCGGGGAUGGACUCGAUUUCUUAAGAGCGCCCAACAAUGACAUACAAAUCCAUGUGACUGUAAAAAAAUGCAGAAACCUCGAAUCUGUUGCGUCGCCGUCUUCCACCGGGGCGCGCUCUCCCUCGGCGCCGAAAACAGGCAGAAUCUCGGCGAAGCAAUCUACCACUGGGCGAUCCUCAUCCGACCCAAGGACAUCUCCCACCUGAAAGAGAGCAUCGUCGUCGACGCGACGGAUGGCGUCCGCCAAGACCCCGUCACAGACAAAGAUCUGAAUCCCACGCACGAAUGGUUCUUCCGCGUGCGAGAGGGGUUCGAUCCGCUUGCGACGGCGAAUUUCCUGGGAGCGGUCAACAUCGGGACUUUACCUCGGGCGCCGUCGAUCGCGAGGAUCAGGGAGAUGUUGGAAGGUUUGCCGCUGCCGCGGAAGGAUCGGAGACCUUUUGAGAAUUGCGUGAGCUGGGCGAAGCAGGCGAUCGUCAUGAUGCAGAUGGCGGAGCUGGUAGAUUCGAGGCCUGUCGAUGAGAUCAUGGCUGCGGGGAUGGCGUUGGGAGGUAGGAUUAUUGCCAAUGGCUUGCCGCAGGUCGAGGAGGAGCGGUUCCCGGGAUUGCCGUCGAGGAAGAAGUCUGGUGGUGGGACUCUGCUGGGACGGAUCAAGGGGUUGAUCAAAUCCACGCAUCAACCUGAUGAAUCGAGUUCGGAGAAGGCCGAACAGGUGGAUGCUUCAGGUCGACAUGGUUCCGCGUAGCUCUCGUGAAUGGGAUCGACAUAUCGGUCUUGGUCGGUCUACAACGAAGUUGAGAAUGGUCUCACGCGGGACAUAUGCUUUCGUUGCGUCGUAAUCUUCUUUAAAUGGCACCCAUCUGGCGGAUACGCCUGCUGAGUGACGAGACAUGAUUGUUAGUGUCUUGACACAAAUGACCGGGUCCCAAUCCGAACAGCCACGAUCUCGUGUCUGGGAUUAGUCUCGUCCUCUUGGUC